AUGUCUUCUCCUGCGAGCCUUCCAGAACACGUUUUAACCCUUUUGAAAACAUCCAAAUACCUGCAUUUGGCGACUGCUUCGAAGCCAGAAUGCAUCCCAUCGGUUUCUCUGAUGAACUACACAUACAUCUCUCCAGACAGGGUCUACAAGCCAAAAAGCUCAGUUUCCGAUUACAGCGAUAAGGCAGCAGACAAGGGUGGUCACUACAUCAUCAUGGCAACUCAGAAGAACACUGAAAAGUACGAAAAUAUCCUUAAUAAUCCGCAGGUAUCAGUUUUGAUCCAUGAUUGGGUUACGGCUAAGAAGCUGUCACUGAGGAAGUCCAGCAUGUCCAACACACCAACUCCAGCUGAGUCGUCGCAGGAAGCACCGGUGCAAGCUCCAAACGCAGAUCAUCCCAGCAGGUUGCUAAAUUUGCUUCAGGAGCUCAAUCAAUCGGAAUUAUCUCAAAUGAGCGCCACGUUGCAAGGACAUGCAGAGCAUCUUGACACCUUCAGCGACGAAUUCGAUUACUAUGAACAGGAACUAUUGAAAGCGAAUCCCGAUGCUCGCGUUUACACCAGAGGCGAAAACGUCUCCGUGGUCAAGGUCAAGCUUGUCAAUGCCAAGGUUUCUGACAGCGAAAACAACACAAAGUUCUAUGAUUAG